GAGGUCGUCACUAAAAUAUUGGGAUUAGAAUAUUUGCUGGGAUAUUUGUUUGGAGAGGAGAGAGCGAUUCACAUCUCAACACUGAGCAGUUCCCAAAUGCCCGAAAAUUAGGCGCUCGUUAACCUAGAGCCGGCGAAAUCGCCGAGGAUGCACGGCAUUGGAGAAGCAAGCGGCGCCGGAAAGUUAAUCGCCGCCGGCGAUCGGCGCCUGCGGCCUCUCCAUCACCAGAUCCUCAACUGCCCCCGCUGCGAUUCGCUCAACACCAAAUUCUGCUACUAUAACAACUACAACCUCUCGCAGCCGCGCCACUUCUGCAAGAGCUGCCGCCGCUACUGGACCAAAGGCGGCGUCCUCCGUAACGUCCCCGUCGGCGGCAGCUGCCGCAAAACCAAGCGCUCCAAGCCUCGUACCGACGACGCGCCGCCGCCAGAGACAAAAUCCACCUCUCAAACCUCCUCCACCUGCCAUUCCUCAACCCUAACCACCGCUCCUCCUCCUACAUCCGUCGCCGCUACGCCGAUCAAUUCGACGCCGGAUUCCGCUCUCAUGUACAAUUUCGCCGACGCUAGUUUCUCCAACGCGAAUCCGAGCCUCGAUCAGCACCUGCCAGUGGUUGACGAUAGUCCAACGCCGGCAGGUCAGAUCUUCGCGGCGGAAGUAGGGAGCUUCACGGAGCUGAUGACGUCACCGGAGGAAUUGAUGAUCGUGAAGACGAGGUCGUACACGCGGGAGCAAUCGGCGACCGUGGAUGAGUUGAAGGUAGAAGAUGAUAAUGAUAAUUGUACGGAGGGGCUAGCGGCCGCGGCGGCGGCGCUGGAGUGGGGAAGCAGUGGCGACGACGGAGAUCAAGGGCUGUUUGAUCUAACGGCUGGCGUGGAUCCUGCUUACUGGAGUCAAUCUGAUUGGACUGACAAUGACCAAUCCCUAAAUUAUCUACGCUAGUUUAAUCACACCUUUAACUAAUUAUAAUAGUAAUAUUACUACCUCCGUCCCCCAAAAUUCGUCCCGGUUUGACCGGGCACGGGUUUUAAGGAAUGUAAU